AUGGAGUGCCUAUUGGCUGGAGGCUUCGACCAGAUUUAUGUUUACCCAGCUGGAUUGUUGAAAGUUCUGCAACAUAUGAAGCUUGCAUAUAAAAAUCCCAAGAUCUUCAUUACUGAAAACGGAUAUCCUGAUAAAAGAAAUGACUCGAUCCCGAUUGAGACAGCACUACAAGAUGAUAAGCGAAUCAUGGUCAUACAAGAGCAUCUUUACUACGUCAAAAAUGCCAUCAGCGACGGCGUUAACGUCAAAGGGUACUUCGUAUGGUCUAUUGUAGAUGGCAUGGAAAUGAAUUCAAAUUAUUCUAUUCGAUUCGGCCUAUGUUACGUCGACUACCUAGACAAUUACAAGCAUUAUCCUAAAAAAUCAAUCACCUGGUACAGGAAGUUAAUCACCAAUGAAACCAGCGGUUAA